UGCUGGGAAUGGUUGGACACAUGAUGUACACGACAGUAUUCCACGUAACUGUCAGCCUCGGUCCGAAGGAUUGGAAGCCUCAAACAUGGGAUUACGGAUGGUCAUUCCUGUUGGCCUGGCUCUCAUUCAGCCUCUGCAUGGCCUCCGCUGUUUGCAGCCUCAACGCUUAUGCCAAGACAGAGGCGCAGGGUCGCUGCGGCCGGCAAUCAUUAGCGGGAACCUCCUCCUGUCACACCAUCGUUUCCUCUCCUCCGCACCUGCUGGUACUGGACCCCGAGCUCGCCCCUUUCCUGUGGGAGCGUUCCGCCUUCCCAGCGCGCGGGCCGGCCCAGGAUGGGGGCGAGAUUGAGGGCGGGCUCUCCCUGUCCAACGACUUCCCACCCCACAGCCCCUCUGACUCACCUGAGGAGUGAGAGGGAGGGUGGGGAGUUGCUGUCCCAUCUGGCUCACACGCCGUCAAAAUGACCUUUCACACCUGACCCUCCGUGUGACAUGUGGACUCUUCUUCCCAAACCCCCCGCUGACUUUUGACCCACUCUGGGGUCAAGGGAAGUCCACACAACGUUCCACCCCUCAUCCUCUGGCUCAAACCCCAUCUCCAUGACCUUUCACUCCUCACCUUCUGGGAUUAAAACCCAUCGCUGCGGCCUCUCACCUCUUGCCUUCUGGUGCACAAGCCACAUCCCUGUGACAUCUUACUCCUCGCUCUCUGUGUUAAUUCCUUAACCCAUGACCUUUCACUAUUUGCCUUCUAUGGUCAUGCUCCGUCUCUGUGACCUUUCACCCCUCUUUCUGGGGUCAAACUCCAUUUCUCCUCACCCGCCCAGUCUAACCUUUCACCCUUUGUCUCCUGAGGUAAACCCUCAUUCGCAAGCCUCACCCUUCCAACUCCCCAUUCAACUCCUGCCUUCCAUCAAUGACCUUUCACCCACCAGAAGCCAGACACCUCCUUAACCUCUCACUCCAAACGUGGCCCACUCUCACCUCUGACCUCUUUGCUACUGCUGGAUGGGUCAGAGACCGGCCCCUCUGUGACCUGCCGUCUGGACAUCAACCCUCCACCCCUCCGAACCCUGAGAGUUUCCAGCAAACCCCUCCCCUCCUGCAGAAAUGAUCAGUGCUCAACCUGCAAUCAGGAUCCCACAUCACUUUAUUGCAGAGAGAUUUACAACGUUCAAAGUUACGUAAGUCUACAGAUGGGCAGCUUCAUAAGCUCAAGGUCAACCUCAUGGGAUGGAGAGGGAAGAAAGCGACAGAUAGACACACACACACACACACACACACACACACGAGGCAGAGACA